CCCUCCUCCCGGCCGCGCGCACCUCCGCCCUUCCUCCCCCUGCGCGGGCCCUGCCGUCCGUUAACGGUCACCGUUCGCCCGCCGCGCACGGCAGGGGAGGGCUCGGCCGCAGCGCGCCGAGCCGGGGGCACCUGCUGCUCCGGAAAGUUAGCCCGCGGCGAGGAUGAGCUCUUGGAGGCGCCCCGACGUGGCCCUGAAAGUAAAGCGAUAGUUGCUGGAGGGCGCCUAAACUCCUCACGAGUCUCAUGUCGAGCAUGGUCUAAAAACAAUGUCCCUGUCCCGUGUCGAAAAUCCGUGUUUUCUGCUCUUCCUGCUGCUCUUCCAAGCGAUAUUUAUCCUGAUACUGUACCAAGGUGGACCUUCAAAUGUGAUCCGUGGGUUUUUAGAGUCGCCUCAGAUUCAGGAUUACUCAAAAACUCAUGAUGUCUAUACAAACCUCAGCCUUUUUACCCGAGCACCUAAUGAAGAAACUAUGCCGUACUGCUCGGUGCAGUCACCAAUAUUUGUUGGUCCGUUAACCAUCACCUUCAGGGUGCUGCCCAGUGAGAGAAUGAUUAUCCAAAAAAAUCCCCUUGUCCACUCUGGAGGCCGCUACAGACCCCCUCACUGCUUGGCCCGCUACAAAUCAGCCAUCCUUGUAGCGUACAGGGGCCAGGAGAGAUACCUCCGCCACUUCCUUUACUAUCUUCAUCCUUUCUUGCAGCGCCAGCAGCUCAGUUACAGCAUCUACUUGAUUCAGCAGGUGGGGAAUGGUACCUUUAACCGAGCAAAACUGCUUAAUGUUGGUGUCCGCGAGGCCAUGAAGGAUGAAGACUGGGACUGCCUUCUCCUGCAUGAUGUGGACCUAAUACCUGAAAAUGAUUAUAAUCUCUAUAUCUGUGAUGAAUACUAUCCCAAGCAUAUGGCCAGUGCCAUGGACAAGUUUCAGUACAAUCUGCCAUAUAAGUCUUUUUUUGGGGGUGUAUCUGCUUUGACUCCAGAGCAUUAUAUGAAGAUGAACGGGUUCCCAAACACAUACUGGGGCGACGAUGGUGAAAAUGACGACAUUGCUAUAAGGAUCCAGUUGGCAGGAAUGAAAAUAGUUCGGACUCCAUCUCAUCUUGGACACUACAAAGUGAUGGACUACAAGGAAGAGACAGAGAUCCAAGAGCCUUGGAGAAGGCCUGCUUCCCGGCAUAACACCAGGAAAACAUGGAAGGAUGAUGGAAUGAACUCAUUAGAGUUCAAGCUCCUUUCCAAGAAGAAACACCCGCUUUACACCAACAUCACUGUGGACAUUGGAUACGUUCCUCCAUUUUCCUAAGGAAGUUAAAUGAAAAUUGGGAGUUUGAGCUUACUGUGGCAGCACACGGGCCUCUACCUCCUGUACUACAGUGCAUGCUCCGCAUGAGACUAGUCCUUUUGUCUCCUGUAUUUCACUUCUCUUCAGAGUGUACAAGACUUAGAAGAAAAGACUUCAGAAGGAGGUUCGACAGCUAGUGAAUAGGAUAGGGUUGCUGCAUAAAGACUCUGUCAGAGUGCUAUAAAAAACAAUCCCUACGGAGUUGGAUGCACCUCAGGCCCUGAGGAUUAAGAUCUCCUUGAGAGGAAGGUAACUUAAGUUUUCUAGGACCCUGUGAUCCAUAGCAGGAUAGUUCUAUCCUGCUGCCUAUUGAAAAGGUAAAUGAGAUGCAAGCCAUGUCAGAUACUGCUGUCCUGCUGGGGACACAGCUGUUCUGCAAUGUUGUAUUUUGAAAAAGAAUUUCACAGCCAGUGUUAUGGCAUUGAAACCUGUUAUAUUUCUGUAAAUAUCUUCUGCAACUUUGAGUAAAAUAAACUGAGAAGGCUGUUGGGUUUGAGAUUUUAUAGAAUACUUCAGAGUCUAAUGAGGGAGGAAGUUGCCGUGAACUCAAAGAAAACAGAGGUCACAUCCUUAUUUCUGCAUCUUGCAAAGUCCUUCAAUAGUUACAUGUUUUUACUGUAGUUAUAGAACAGUUCAGGCUGGAAAGGACCUGAGGUUUAUUACCUAGUGUAGCCUGCUCAGUUCAGGGAAAUAAAUCCAAUAUUUCAGCUGUUGAUCAAACAAUGAGCUUUGUAAUUUGUCAAGCUUGAACUAUCUUCAACAUAACCACUUCUGAGAAAGGCAAUGCCAGAGACUGAGUCACGUGAGAUGGGACCCUGAGAGGCACUUACCUGACUGCAGGACCUUGCUCCUUGUAAUCUUACUCUCUAUGAGGGCAGGCAGUAGCUCUGCCUACCAGACACAAUUAUUUUGCAAGCUUAAGACAGC